AUGGCCGGUUAUGCGCUAAAGCGACUGAUGACUGAAUAUAAAGAAUUGAUGUCGCAUACGCCGGAGGGAAUUCUGGCAGCUCCGAUUGACGAAGAAAAUUUCUUCGAAUGGGAAUGCUUGAUUACUGGCCCCGAAGCGACUCCUUUCGCCUAUGGGGUAUUCCCCGCACGUAUUUCGUUCCCCCAGGACUAUCCGCUCAGCCCGCCGAAAAUGAGAUUUACCUGCGACCUCUUCCAUCCGAACAUCUACCAAGACGGCCGUGUUUGUAUCUCGAUUCUCCACGCGCCUGGUGAUGAUCCUACCGGCUACGAAACGAGCAGCGAGCGAUGGUCGCCGGUACAAAGCGUUGAGAAGAUUCUCCUUUCUGUCGUUAGUAUGCUCGCCGAGCCAAAUGAUGAAUCAGCGGCUAACGUCAAUGCUGCAAAAAUGUGGCGCGAGGAUCGAGCACAGUUCGAACGUAUUGCUAACAAUCUCGUCAGGAAGACUUUAUCGUUGCCCCAACCAGAUUCG